UGGACGAAGAAGAGUCUCUAUGACAAUGCCCUCUUCUAUUACUCACUCUUCCCUGUCCUCAUAUGGCCUAUUUUAUGCGUAAUUGACGCUCCAUACGGUAAAUAGCUUAACUCCGCGAUAUGUCAAGGCAUGUUCUGCCAUCAUUGAAAUGUUCCAUUCAAAUGACCCCAUCUUGGAUUGCAUCACUGCAGGUAAAUUCGCUGGAAAAUUCAUCAUUGAUAUUCAGCUGAACGGGAAGCUUGGGUGGUUCCUCAUGGAAGCCACGUCUCCAGCACUGUUUGUUGCCACGAUAUUGCCACCCGUCUAUCAGUCUUUAACCAGCCUCCAGCCUGUGUGGACCACCACCCAGACUGUUCUAUCGGCCAUGUGGUUGACGCACUAUAUCAAUCGCAGCACUAUCUACCCACUACGAGCGCAUUCGAUGUCGCCUAUGAAUAUCCUAACCUUUUUAUCUAGCGUGUUAUUCAAUGGUGCCAAUGCUUACACCAACGGCAUGUGGGUUGCCAAGUACGGCUCAUACCCAGACACUCUUCUGGAAAAGCCUCGGUUUUGGUUUGGUGUCGCUUUGUGGGGCGCUGGCUGGUGGUUGAAUAUCCACCAUGAUAAUAUCUUGUUUAGACUUAGAUGCGAACGUCAAGUCAAAGACAAUCAAAAACGCUAUUCCAUCCCACACGGCGGCCUGUUCGAAUACGUCAGCUGUCCUAAUUACUUUAGCGAAAGUCUGGAGUGGAUCGGUUGGGCUAUUGCCUGCUAUCCUUCGCCUCCAGCCAAUGUCUUUGUGCUGGCAACUAUUGCCAACUUGUUCCCUCGUGCCUGGCGUUCGCACAAAUGGUACAAACAAGAGUUUCCAGAUUAUCCACCAAAGCGAAAGGCAGUUGUUCCCUUUCUAUUUUAAAAUACUGUUGUAGGAUAUACAACCUACUUUAAUUACACAAAUCAAACACCAAAAAA